AUGAUUGUUUUUUUUUUAAUUUUUAUAAUUCCAAAUAUCGUAUCGUGUUGGAGUGUCUAUUCCUCUAAUGGAACAUAUGAUUAUGAUGUUGCUUUGAUUUACUAUAAUCCUGAUCAAUUUACAAAUCUAAGAUGUUCUGGUUUAUUAAUUUCUUCAAAUGUUAUUUUGACAGCUGCUCAUUGUUUUGAAAAUAAUCAUUAUUUAGAAGGCUAUAUAAAUCCUAAAGAUGUGAAAAUUUAUUUAGGAUUACCAAUUGUAAAUAAUGAUUAUCUUAAAAAGACAGAACAAAAAGUUAAACAAAUUAUUAUACAUGAAAAUUAUCACUUUACCUAUUCAGAAUUUGAUAUUGGAUUAAUAAUUUUAGAAAAAGUUAUUCCAAACUUUUGUAAUAAACCUCAUUAUUCAUUAGCACCAAUACUUGAUAUUAUAAAUAUUGGUGGAAAUUUUAAAUUAAAUUCAUUUCCACAAUAUGAUAAUUGUUUUUUUAUGGGAUGGGGAUCACCAAACUUAUCUAUUGAAAAUAAUGUAUUAAAUAAGAAAAAAAUUAGAAAAUUAAAGAUGAGAAAUGAUAUAAGUUCACAGAAAGCAAUUAGGCAAACUAUGCUGCUUAGUAAUAUAAUUAAUUCUGACGAUUCUCCAUGUAAUGGUGAUAGUGGUGGGCCAAUAAUAUGUAAACAAAUUGUUGGCCAUACACCACAUAAUUAUGUUAUCGGAGUUGUUAGUGAAACAAGUUCUACUGCAUCAUUAGAUGCAUCAUCAAAAGAAUUUUGUGAAAAAACAGAUAUGAUGUUAGGGACCAGCGUUGGAUUACAUAUUAAUUGGCUUAAUGAUAAAAUAAAUUAUUUUAAAGAUACAACAUCAUGCUAA